UGUAUGGUUGUCACGUGAUUGCCAGCUGGCGUCUGUUCCGUUUGUCAGUAGAAAGCCGGUAAAGAUGGCGGAAUACGAUCUAACGACUAAAAUAGCUCAUUUUCUGGACCGACACCUGGUUUUCCCUCUGCUGGAGUUCCUGUCCGUGAAGGAGAUCUACAAUGAGAAGGAGCUGCUGCAGGGGAAGCUGGACCUGCUCAGCGACACCAACAUGGUGGACUUCGCCAUGGACGUCUACAAGAACCUGUACCCAGACAAGGAGAUCCCUCACUCGCUGAGGGAGAAGAGGAGCAACGUGGUGGCCCAGCUCAAGCAGCUGCAGUCGGAGACCGAGCCCAUCGUCAAGAUGUUUGAGGACCCGGAGACGACCCGGCAGAUGCAGUCCACCAGGGAUGGGAGGAUGCUGUUCGACUACCUGUCAGAAAAACACAACUUCCGACAGGAAUACCUGGACACGCUCUACAGGUACGCCAAGUUCCAGUACGAGUGCGGGAACUACUCGGGCGCUGCAGAAUACCUCUACUUCUUCCGGGUCCUGGUUCCGUCCACAGACCGGAACGCCCUGAGCUCGCUGUGGGGGAAACUGGCCUCGGAGAUCCUGAUGCAGAACUGGGAGGCGGCCAUGGAGGACCUGACCCGACUCCGGGAGACCGUCGACAACAACUCGGUGAGCUCCCCGCUGCAGUCGCUCCAGCAGAGGACCUGGCUCAUCCACUGGUCUCUGUUCGUCUUCUUCAACCACCCCAAAGGCCGCGACAACAUCAUCGACCUCUUCCUCUACCAGCCACAGUACCUGAACGCCAUCCAGACCAUGUGUCCUCAUAUCCUGCGCUACCUCACCACCGCUGUCAUCACCAACAAGGAUGUGCGAAAGCGCCGGCAGGUUCUGAAGGACCUGGUCAAGGUCAUCCAGCAGGAGUCGUACACGUACAAGGACCCGAUCACAGAGUUCGUGGAGUGUCUCUAUGUGAACUUUGACUUCGACAGCGCUCAGAGGAAGCUGAGGGAGUGUGAGUCGGUUCUGGUGAACGAUUUCUUCCUGGUUGCUUGUCUGGAGGAUUUCAUCGAGAACGCGCGGCUCUUCAUCUUUGAGACGUUCUGUCGCAUUCAUCAGUGUAUCAGCAUCAGCAUGCUGGCUGAUAAACUCAACAUGUCUCCUGAAGAGGCGGAGCGUUGGAUCGUCAAUCUGAUCAGGAACGCCCGGCUGGACGCCAAGAUCGACUCCAAACUGGGUCACGUCGUCAUGGGAAACAACGCCGUGUCGCCGUACCAGCAGGUGAUCGAGAAGACCAAGAGCCUGUCGUUCCGCAGCCAGAUGCUGGCCAUGAACAUGGAGAAGAAAGCGGCCCACAGCACCAGGAACGAGACUCCUAAUUGGGCCGCCCAGGACUCUGGGUUCUACUGAGCCGGACCCGUCCUCCAUGAAGAUCCAAACGGCUUUAAUGACAUCUGCUGAUCAUGACCAGUUUAACCAGUAGCUGGGUCUUUGUGUUUGUGUCUCUAAUUUAUUCAGUUUUUAUGGAUUAUUAUGUAACUUUGUCCUGCAUUAAAUGUUUGGUUCCUCUGGAUCUGCAGCUCCUUCAUUUGGCCACCAGAUGGCGGCGGUGGCGCACGGCCGCUGCAGCCUGAGACGCUCUGCAGUGGAGAGAGGCAGCGGGCGGGUUCUGGUUCUGGAGCGGUUCUGGUCCUGGUUUUAUCGUCCCUGCUGCCAGCAGAACCUCUUCAUGUCUGCUGGGUUAAAGUUUUCUGUCAAGUUGAAUGCGACCCAGCAGAACCGGUGGUCCGACUAUCAGUGCUACCUCGUCAGAUUUUCCUACCGUAGCACGGAUAGAUGACUAAGUCUGUCUGUCCGUGCUACCCGUCUAAAACUGCUACCGUCAUGUUUACAAAUAAAAAAACUACAUCAGG